AUGGCAACAUCCAUACACGUUGUGUCCAAGCUGGACAAUGCCAAGCAUGCCGUCUUCCACAUCGACCAGGACCCUCCAAGCCUCGCGGCAUCUUCAGUCCGUGUCCAGACGUGGCUUGUUUCCCUCAGCUACAACAACUUGACCUACGCCCGAUCGGGAACCCCUCUGCACUGGUGGGAUACCUAUCCCGUUCCCGAUGCGAGUCCAACACCCUUCAACAAUCGGGAAGAAUGGGGCAUCGUGCCAGCUUGGGGCUAUGGCCGCGUCCUCGAGAGCACAAACGAUGCCAUAGCGCCAGGGACGCUGCUGUGGGGCAUGUGGCCUACUUCAGAGCACGCCGUCGACCUCCAACUCGAAGCAAUCGAGCCAUCGGGUCAUUGGUCGGAGCGUAGCGCACAGCGAAGUAAGCUCAUGACGGUUUACAACACCUACGAGCAAGUUGACGAAAUCGAUGCCCAGGCCAUGCGCAUGACCGCGCUCUGCAAACCCCUCUGGCAGGGCCCGCAUCUGCUCAACACAAGCGUAUUUUCCGCACGACGCAUCCACCCUUUUGGUUUCGGUGCGCCAUGGUCUCAAGAGGAUGCCGACUUGUCGUCGGCUGUAGUCGUCAGUCUCUCUGCCUCAAGCAAGACUGGCCGAAGCUUUGGCUGGGAAAUGACAAGGAAUCGAGAUGUGUCCAAACACGGACCUCGUGCCUUGAUACAGAUGACAUCAGUCCCCAACACAUUAUCUGAAUACGACUCGUCCCUGCCAAUGAGGGCAGCUGCAUACGACGACACGAGCGCCAUGGCGUGGGCCAAGCAAUUCAAGCCGUCACGGGUCGUCAUUGUCGACUUUGGCGCAUCUGACGCAGUCCUAGAGUCAGUCAGAGCUGCGGCAUCAAAACUUGCUCCAAACGUAACUGUCGUUGCUGUUGGCUACGAAGCCAAAGUCUAUACACAAGAGGAGAUUGCAGCCAGGAUGGCGACUGCUAAUACCAAAGUCCCAGUCAACACGAGUGGGAUGCGAGAUCGGGUCAUCGAAUCUCAAGGCGCGUUGGAAUUGUCCCAGGAGCUAGACGAUACAUGGAAUAAGUGUUUGAAAGAAGAGGCUUUUACCAACCUUCAGUUAAAAGUCUUAAAUGCCGUUCAAGGGGAACAAGGCAUUGAGGGAGCAUGGAGUGCCUUGUGUAAUCGCAAGGUUCCAGCAGACGUCGGCAUCGUCGUUGACUUUUCCACAAGAUGGACUUGCUAG